AUGGCCGAACAGGUGCUUGCGAGGGCCAACGUCCCUGAGAUUGUGUUUGUGCGCUGUGCGUACUUUAUGGAGAAUUGGGCCACGGCACUUGACAUACGCGGCGCGCCAGACCCUUUGAUCGUGUCGACCAUCACGCCGUUGGAAUGGGAGAUUCCCAUGGUGGCGGUCGCAGACAUCGGCGCUGUGAUUGCGUCUGAGGCGCUGAAGCGGGAGGCUGCGCCGAAGAAGCCGCACGUCUUUGAGUUGCACGGCCCGAGAAUGUACAGUCCGCUGCAUGUCCAGGCGGCCUUUUCGGAUGCUCUGGGGAAACAGGUGGCCGUGAAGCCGGUAGCGAAAGGAGACUUGUAUGGGUAUUAUAGACGGAUAUUUCCGGACGACGUGGUGCCGGAAUGGGUCGAGAUGACGUGCAGUUUCUUGCCGGGGGGCGUGAUGAAGCCUGGCCAUGUGGAGGAAGGCACUGAGGUGGUGAAUGGGAAGACGGAGCUCGCAGAUGCCGUCAAGACGGCCGUCGAGUCGUUACUUUGA